UCCCAUUCCUGUGACUUUACUGAGAGAAGAAAUUGUCAGCAAGAAUGACAGAUUGUCCUCACUCUCUUCUUGUUCCUUUUCAGGGGAUCUGUAUUUUGAGAAAGCUGUGAAUGGUUUCCUUGCCGAUCUCUUUACCAAGUGGAAGGAGAAGAACUGUAGUCAUGAAGUGACAGUGGUCCUAUUUUCUAGAACUUUCUAUGAUGCAAAAUCGCUUGAUGAAUUUCCCGAGGUGAACCGAGCCUCAAUUCGGCAGGAUCACAAGGGGCGAUUCUAUGAAGACUUUUAUAAAGUGGUGGUGCAGAAUGAGAGGAGAGAAGAGUGGACGUCACUCCUGGUGACCAUUAAAAAGCUCUUCAUCCAGUAUCCAGUGUUGGUGCGACUGGAACAGGCAGAGGGCUUCCCUCCAGGAGACAAUUCUACCUCAGCACAAGGGAACUACCUAGAGGCCAUCAACCUGUCCUUCAAUGUGUUUGACAAGCACUAUAUCAACCGCAACUUUGACCGAACUGGGCAGAUGUCCGUGGUGAUCACGCCUGGGGUGGGUGUGUUCGAAGUGGACCGUCUACUCAUGAUCCUGACCAAGCAGCGGAUGAUAGAUAACGGAAUUGGUGUGGACUUGGUGUGCAUGGGGGAGCAGCCGUUACAUGCCGUCCCGUUGUUCAAGCUGCAUAACCGGAGUGCUCCUUGCGAUUCCCGUCUGGGCGACGACUAUAAUAUUCCUCACUGGAUCAACCACAGUUUCUACACCUCCAAAAGCCAGCUCUUUUGUAACAGUUUCACCCCCCGGAUAAAACUGGCCGGAAAGAAGCCUGCCUCCGAGAGAGCGAAAAAUGGCCGUGACACGUCUCUUGGGACUCCAAAAGAAGCCGAGAAUGCCCUUCCCAUCCAAGUAGACUAUGAUGCCUACGACGCUCAAGUGUUCAGGCUGCCAGGCCCAUCCCGGGCUCAGCGCCUCGCCACCUGCAGGUCUGUGCGCGAGCAGGAGAGUCACAGUCGAAAGAGUGCCAGCUCCUGCGACGUCUCCUCCAGCCCUUCCGUGCCCAGCCGGGCGCUGCCCACGGAGGAAGUGAGGAGCCAGGCUUCCGAUGACAGCUCCCUGGGCAGGAGCGCCAACAUCCUCAUGAUCCCUCUCCCCCACCUGCACCAGUAUGAAGUCAGCAGCUCCUUGGGCUACACCAGCACGCGAGAUGCCCUGGAGAACAUGGUGGAGCCGCCGCAGCGAGACUCCAGCGCGCCAGGGCGGUUCCACGUGGGCAGCGUGGAAUCCAUGCUGCACGUUCGACCGGGGGGCUGCGCACCCCAGCGGGCGCUGAUCAACCCCUUCGCCCCCUCACGGAUGCCCAUGAAGCUCACGUCCAACAGGAGGCGCUGGAUGCACACCUUCCCUGUGGGACCAUCCGGAGAGGCCAUCCAGAUCCAUCACCAGACCCGACAGAACAUGGCGGAGCUGCAGGGCAGCGGGCGGAGGGACCCCACCCACUCCUCUGCAGAGCUGCUGGAGUUAGCCUAUCAUGAAGCUGCUGGAAGGCACAGCUCCUCCCGCCAGCCCGGCGACGGCAUGUCCUUCUUGAACUUCGGUGGGACGGAAGAGCUUGCUGCCGGCCUGCUUAGCAACAGCGGCGCAGGGAUGAACCCCAGGACCCAGAAUAAGGAUUCGCUAGAGGACAGUGUCUCUACCUCUCCCGACCCAAUGCCAGGCUUCUGUUGCACAGUUGGAGUGGACUGGAAGUCUCUCACGACUCCGGCGUGCCUCCCCCUCACCACCGACUACUUCCCCGACCGCCAGGGCCUGCAGAACGACUACACGGAGGGCUGUUACGACCUCCUCCCGGAAGCGGACAUGGACAGGAGGGACGAGGAGGGUGUGCAGAUGACGGCCCAGCAGGUGUUCGAAGAGUUCAUUUGCCAGCGUCUCAUGCAGGGCUAUCAGAUCAUAGUGCAGCCCAAGGCGCAGAAACCCAACCCCGCCGUCCCACCCCCGCUGAGCAGCAGCCCCCUGUACAGCCGAGGCCUGGUGUCCCGAAACCGCCCUGAGGAGGAGGACCAGUACUGGCUGAGCAUGGGCCGCACGUUCCACAAAGUGACCCUGAAGGACAAGAUGAUCACCGUGACGCGCUACCUGCCCAAGUACCCUUACGAAUCGGCCCAGAUCCACUACACCUACAGCCUGUGCCCUUCCCACUCGGACUCGGAGUUCGUGUCCUGCUGGGUGGAAUUCUCCCACGAACGGCUGGAGGAGUACAAGUGGAACUACUUAGAUCAGUACAUCUGCUCCGCCGGCUCGGAGGACUUCAGCUUAAUCGAGUCUCUGAAGUUCUGGAGGACCCGCUUCCUGCUGCUGCCCGCCUGUGUCACUGCCACCAAGCGCAUCACGGAGGGCGAAGCCCACUGCGACAUCUAUGGGGACCGGCCCCGGGCCGACGAGGAGGAGUGGCAGCUGCUGGAUGGCUUUAUCCGCUUCGUGGAGGGCCUGAACCGCAUCCGCCGGCGCCACCGCUCAGAUCGCAUGAUGCGGAAAGGGGCCGCCAUGAAAGGCUUACAGAUGGCGGGGCCCAUUUCCACGCACUCCCUCGAGGCGGCCGGCCCCCCGGUUGGGAAGAAGGGAACCUCGGCCCUGUCUGCCCUGUUGGAGAUGGAGGCCAGCCAGAAGUGCCUGGGAGAGCAGCAGGCAGCUGUGCACGGUGGCAAGAGCUCCGCCCAGCCCGCCGAGAGCAGCAGCAGCGUUGCCAUGACUCCCACCUACGUGGACAGCCCGAGGAAGGUGUCUGUGGACCAGACGGCCGUCCCGGGGUUGGACGGCACCAGCUUGGGGGUAAGCACAGGCCAGUCCGCGGACAGAGGCAACAGCCAGACCUUCGGGAGCUCCCAGAACGCGGGGGAGCAGAGCUUCACCUCCGCGAACCCCAGUGACAGCAGCUCUCAGCAGGUGCUGGCAAGCUCCUUGACGUCGGCCUCCACCCUGGCCGAGAUCCUGGAAGCCAUGAAGCACCCCUCGACAGGCGUCCAGCUGCUCUCGGAACAGAAGGGCCUCUCGCCCUCCUGCUUCAUCAGCGCGGAGGUGGUGCACUGGCUGGUGAACAACGUGGAGGGCGUCCAGACGCCGGCCAUGGCCAUCGACAUCAUGCAGAAAAUGCUGGAGGAGCAGCUCAUCACGCACGCGUCUGGCGAAGUCUGGCGGACCUUCAUCUACGGCUUCUAUUUCUACAAGAUAGUCAUGGACAGAGAGCCCGACCGAGUGGCCGUGCAGCAGCCCACCACCUGGCACACGCCCGCGGUGGACGACUUCGCCAGCUUCCAGCGCAAGUGGUUUGAGGUGGCCUUCGUGGCCGAAGAGCUCUUGCACUCGGAGAUCCCGGCCUUCCUCCUGCCCUGGCUGCCAAGCCGGCCGGCCUCCUACGCGAGCAGGCACAGCUCCUUCAGCCGCAGCUUCGGAGGACGGAGCCAGGCCGCUGCGCUCUUAGCUGCCACCGUCCCGGAGCAGAGGACUGUGACGCUGGACGUGGAUGUGAACAACCGAACAGACCGGCUGGAGUGGUGCAGCUGCUAUUACCAUGGCAACUUCUCCCUGAAUGCGGCCUUCGAGAUCAAGCUGCACUGGAUGGCGGUGACCGCCGCAGUCCUCUUCGAGAUGGUCCAAGGGUGGCAUCGCAAAGCCACCUCCUGCGGCUUUUUGCUGGUCCCGGUUCUGGAAGGUCCCUUUGCGCUGCCCAGUUACCUGUACGGCGACCCGCUCCGAGCCCAGCUCUUCAUCCCGCUCAACGUCAGCUGUCUGCUCAAGGAGGGCAGCGAGCACCUGUUCGAUAGCUUUGAACCGGAAACGUACUGGGACCGCAUGCACCUCUUCCAGGAAGCCAUUGCGCACAGGUUUGGGUUUGUGCAAGAUAAAUAUUCCGCGUCUGCUUUUAACUUCCCAGCUGAGAACAAGCCUCAGUACAUCCACGUCACAGGCACCGUGUUCCUGCAGCUGCCCUACUCCAAGCGCAAGUUCUCGGGGCAGCAGCGCCGGCGGCGCAACUCCACCAGCUCCGCCAACCAGAACAUGUUCUGCGAGGAGCGGAUCGGCUACAACUGGGCCUACAACACCAUGCUGACCAAGACCUGGCGCUCCAGUGCCACGGGCGACGAGAAGUUCGCCGACCGGCUGCUGAGGGACUUCACCGACUUCUGCGUCAACCGCGACAACCGGCUGGUCACGUUCUGGGCGAGCUGCCUGGAGAAGAUGCAUGCCAGCGCCCCCUGAGACGGGCGGCGUGGGUCAGAGGAUGGGAGGAUGCCCGUCUGCUACUGAUAUGCAACGGGAUCAGCCAGGCUCUGGGCGUCGAUGGCAGUUUGCCACCGUCAGUGGGCGGGAGCCGCCGCCGCUUCCCCCGUGUUCUUCCGCUCGAGGAGAAGGAUUCUGGAAGCAGCUAGCACCCACCCAGAGCAGGUGGGAGGCCCAGAUGGCCCGUGGGAAGGGAACAGGCGGCCCCCAGGAGUGUCCUCAGAGGGGGUGGCUCCUCCGAGAGUCCCCUCCUACAGCCCCUGGGGGCUCGUCAGAGCAGGAUCCACACUUCCCACUAGGAGUGCGCACAGGAUGUAAGAUAAUGUUGUGAAAUAGUGUACAUAGGCUCACACCGACUGUACAUACCUGUACAUAGCAGCAGUGGAGUAAAGUGCCCCGCGCGCCAUCCCUGGGCCCAGCCUGGUUUCUGUGCCGUCUUAAAGCACCCCCCCCCCACCUUUCCAGGCCCCUGGUACAUGCUGGGGGAGCACCAGGGGCUGGCCAGGGUUCUCACUGGGGGCGACUUUGACCCCCGUCUGAGAAACAUUUGGCAAUAGCUGGAGACACUCGGGUGUCCUAACAGUCCCCAGUGCUACUGGCAUCUGAUGGGUGCUUCCCAACACCCUGCAUUGCCCAGGGUGGCUCCUAUAGCAAAGGAUUGCCCAGCCCCGGCCCCCAGCCAGGCACCAAGGCUCAGUGGUUGAGCGUUGACCUAUGAACCAGGAGGCCACGGUUCGAUUCCCAGUCAGGGCACCUGCCUGGGUUGUGGGCUCAAUCCCCAGUGUGGGGCGUGCAGGAGGCA